ACAACAAAGUCAAGAUUCACUCCCACCUUCUAAGACCGUUCGCCAAUCACACCGAACAUGGAAGAACGCGCUUGCUUGUUGUGUUCGCGUGUUGUCGCUACAUCGACCGCCCACACGAUUCAAUGACAAGGUCUGAUUCCCACGCGCUACCACUGUAGGAUCUGUCCUCACGUUGAUCUUGAUGCAGCUAGAUUCGCAUUCUCCCAGUCCAAUUCUACAUUCAGUUUUUCACAUCUCAGCUUACUUCACAUCUGAAAUCUGCACUCCCAUGAGUUCCAUGACGUUUUGCGUCCAGAUCCCUCCACUCAGUUUGUUCACCAGUGCACAUCAAACUCAGUUUGUUCACCAGUCUCCCUAUUCGAGGUUUGGAUCUCGAGAGAAGUGAAGUACCUUUGCACAUUCUUUACACAUUCUCUACGAAUUCCUGUGGAAACAGAAUCCAGGUUGUCACGUUCGUAUCGAUUCACAUCACUUUACGUACCCUCCACUGCCUCCUGCUUCCACUUUGCACGAUCUUCCUGGUUUUUGCUGAUUAUCCUUGUAUGAGCAGAGCUUGGGGUACUCUGGGUCGCUCCUCUCGCACCGCGCUAGCAGUCUCAUGCCCAGCAUUCACAUCACUCGAGAGGUGGCACUGCGACGGAAAGUUUCGGUUUUCUUGUGACUGAACGGGGCUCGUUUAGGCUUCCGGUGAGUCCAUGCUAAGUCCCGCUGCUGAACUUGCGACACGGGGAAUGGACACCGCAGACGAGGAACCAGAGCUUCCCUCCGCUGUCCAAGACCUUAUACGGCGUCUGGAAGGGCAACGGACGUUUGGACGGUUUCCUCCCAUAUUAUUGGUCCAGAAUACAUAUAUUGGUCCAGAAUUGGAGGAUUUCUUCCCGGCGGAUGCCCCGCUUUCGACGAACACUGGGUGGCGAAGCAAAGUGCGCCUUCGAGUGCUGGAGGCAAUCGGCAGCUGCAAUAGCUUUGAAAUUCUAGAGAUAGAAUAUAUUUGUGGCCGUAAUAUAUCGAGGUUGACCGCUAGGGAGUGGGAGAUAGUGUUGAGAGGUUUUCGGUCCAGCAGCGUUCUACGAAAGAUGAGCAUUGACAACCUGAGAUGGAGUUCCGAAGCGGAUUUGGAGAGCUUGGGUGUACAGCUGGGGAUAAUUCUGAAUACCUCUAGUGUAACACAUUUGAGAAUAUAUGAUUGCACAUUGACCGAGAGAUUUUUCUUGAAUCUCGCAUCAGGACUGCCAGAAAAUUCCCACUCGAAACUCAAGUCUUUAGAAGUACAUACCUGGGCAUUCCGUACAACCUUGGAGGACGGAGCCAACGAGGUGAACGCGGUGAAGUUUAUCGUUGAGGUGUUGAACGGUCAUCAUCAAUUAGAAACUUUGAUUUUAGUCUCAUCCAAAUCCAACCACGUGGACGAUCUGGUCGUUCGGCUCUUGUCCCAGGCUUUGAAGCAGAACUCGUGUUUAAAAGAAUUGGUUUUACAAGAAGUGGAGGGUGGAUCUGCCGCGUUAUUGCUGAACGCAUUGGCCGGAGAUGAUGGCAACCGAUCGAUUGAGCGACUUCAGCUGGUUUAUAUGUCUGGAAUUGGGAAAUGUUUAGCAGAAGUUUUCAUUUCCAAUCGAUCAUUGAGAGUAGUCACGUUGCACGGCAUCUUCAUGCCUGUGGAGGAAUGGCGCUUGCUAGGCGAAGCCAUCCGUGACAAUGCCACAGCGACAACUGUUACCGUAAGGGUUGAUGCACCUGGAACUCCUGGGAACUGGGGACGAGAAGAGGUUGCUCGCGCUGCUAGCUCCGAUAAGAAGGAUCCAGUGCUGCAUCUUGAAGUCAUUAGUGAGGAUGAAAUGUCAGCGCUCAACCUCUUAGGUAGUGUACUGCGAGGGGAAAUCAAGUCUGUAAAAUCUCUUACUCUAUUUUUUCCCUUUUACAUUUCAGGUGGCAACCUAAGGAGUAUGGAAGAUAUCAUUCCGAUGAAUGGAAUAAUUGGAGAAACUUCAGUUCUAAGUAGACUACAUUUACACUUCAAUUACAGAAGGGAAGAUAGUUUGGAGCGAGUAUGGAAGCAACUGCUUUUGUGCUUGCGUGGGAACACAAGUGUCACUAGCUUGUGUUUGUCUCUCGAUGGAUUCAAGGGAGACUUCAAGAAGCAAUUCAGAGAGCUGAUGUCAGUACUGCAAGUGAACUUGACUCUCCGGGAAAUAGAUGUGUCCCGGACACCAUGGGCGAGGAACGGAACGGCGGCGCUGAUUGAAGCGGCCCUCAAGCAGAACCAGGAGCGGGCCGUGUACAUGUCAGUAUUCACUGAAGCCAAACUACCAUUGGGAGAUGCAAAAGCCGGUCGACUCUUCUUAUGCGGCUCUCCUAGAGCAGGCAAGACUCAAUUGCGUCGAACUCUGAUGAAGAUCAUUCGGGACAAGACCUGGUUCAGCGAAUCACUGGAAAAAUUGUCAAGGACGAAAGGCAUUGAAGUGGAUUUUUUGCAAAACGAUGAUAAAAUGCAAAUCUCAAUUUGGGAUCUUGCAGGACAAUGGAUUUUUCGUACCCUUCAAGCUGUACUGUUCCCUCAAACCAACUACUUUUGUGUUUUUCUUUUUGUGUAUAGCCCUUUCUGUGAGGAAACAUCUUCUCCCAAACCACCCUCUUCUUUCCGGACUGAGUUGGAAGGCUGGCUGACUUUCAUCUCAUCCAGCACUAAAGUCAUGGGCCAUAAUCUUCCUCAAGUUCUUGUUGUAAUUUCACACAAGGAUAAGAUGGGGUCCAACUCUUUGGAUUGGGUUCCCUCCAUAGUGGAAGACCUCAAAAUAAGAUUUGCAAACUAUGUGGAUCUCCGUCCUCUUUAUGACUUUCUUUAUGUGAAUGCUCGAAAAAGGAAUCAAGUGAUUCCUCUCAAAAAUCACAUUUUUGAGAUGUUCAAGACAUUGUUGAGUGAAAAUUCCCCACGAGUUCCCCAAUUGUGUUUUCAACUCUCUUCCCGACUUCUUUCAAACAUCAAGAAGAACAAAACUUGCCCUCUUUGGUCAUUGAACGAUUUUAGUACUUUCUGUGAUUCCAGCUUGAAACAACUCAUUCUACCAUCUUCUGUUGAUCAUCUAAGAUUAUUGACCUCCCUCUUAUCCUACUUAAAUGAUGUUGGAUCCAUCAUUUGUAUUCCCAAUCUUGAUCACAUCAUAGUAGAUCCGAAUUGGCUUACAAAUUCAGUUUUGGGUGAGCUAAUAGCUAUGGGUCAACACUUUCAAGCUCGAGAGUCCAAGGCAUACGAGAACACGAUGCCAUAUAACUCAUAUGCGAGGAAGGACGGAUUUAUGAGUGAGGGAGACUUUGCUCUAUUGAUAAAAACGUUCUUGCAGAAGCACCCAAGCCUUCAAGAUGUUGGUAGAGAGGUCCUUGAAAAGAUUAUUUUCAAUCUAGAUUUGGGUUUCAAGCUCGAAGAUUCUUUUGAAUAUUUCAUUCCCUCCUUCAUCCCUGAGUAUGCAAGCAUGAAGGAUAAGAAGCAGCAAGAAGCGGCGGGCGUGGUGUCGAUGUCAUGGGACUCUAAGGUUGCAAAUCCAAAGUUUUUCGGCAUGCGGAUUCAAUGUGAAGAUGGAAAAACAAUGUCACUGUCUGCUGCGUUUUUUCCACACUUCCAGGUGUUCAUGAGACGCAAGUUGAAAUCCGGGACUGUGAGACUUUCUCGACAUUAUCUGCAACUCUUACUCGAUGGUCACCAAAUUUAUGUGGAGCACCAUCAGAAUGAAAAGUGCCAAAAUUACGUAGAUGUUCUGAUGUUAUGCUCAGAGCAUAAGUCAAAGGAGGAGGCCAUUAAAUAUGUACUGAAGCAUGUUGUCCAGGAGUUGAUAUCCUUUUGCGCAUCACCCAAAGGCUGUCCCGGCGUGGCGUUAGUGCUCGGUGUUAUCCAAACAGUUUGCGUGGAGAAGCUGAGUCCGAGUCAUUUCAGAGGAGCCAUUCUGAUUGAGGAGCUCAAAUCAGAGUUCUGUACUAGCAUCAAUGACAAACUUGGGGAUAUUCCGUUGGAUAGGUUGCAAUUGGUGAAGGAGGAGGAGUUGCUCAACUAUGAGCAUACUUGGCCUUCGAUUCCAGCUUUGCAUUUAAACGCAACAUUCGAACAGGCUACGAAUCUGCUGUGGGAGAGCGAGGUGGAAGCGGUUGUAAAUGAGAUCCCACAGAAGCAUAAACAAUUGGAGUCAUUGCAGCAAAGCAUCAUCAGCUUGAACGAGGAUUUGGCUCAGUCUCAGCCUGAAUGCGAGAUAACAAUUAGCAACUCGAGUUUACUUCACAGAGAAGACUGCAAUCCAGAUUCAGCCAGCUGCUCGAACCAGGCCAGCACAAGUUCGGACACCCAGCUUAUUUUGUCCGAGAUCCACAGUGUGCAUGAGACAGUGAGAUCAGUGAAGAGCAUUGUGCAGGGAUUGGAUGUGAAGUUAAUCUCUCUGCAAAAACAACUGCAGUCAACAUUCAGUGACUUCAUGUCUAAAGUUGACAGAAUGAUCAAGUAUUCAGAAUCGCAUCAGAAGAACAAAACACCAAAGCGUCCUUAUGUCACGAACGAUGUUGGCCUUUUCUACAAGAUGAGUGCACUUCUACAUGUUGGAACGGUUGUUCGGUUACACUUGAUGUGUGAGUCCGUCACUGGGUUUCAUCCCGUCAAAGGUCAAGAAGGUUUGAUGCUGCGAUUGAAUAAGGAGAAUAGCAGGUGGAUUCCAAGAGUUAUUGAGAUUUCAUACAAAGUCCUGUAUUAUGCUGUAAAGGCUGGACUGGAUGUGACCCUCGGGUUAGGCGAAGCUAUUCCGGACUGGGAUGAUCUGAAAACUGAUAUUGUUAAGCUAGAUAAUAUCAGUGAGAAUGAUCGUUGGGCAAUUCAAAAUAAUGGGCAUAGUGUGCAGCUGAACGAAGCAUGGUUGAGGAUUCAGCAAAUUCUUGAGCCUCAGCUUAAAUAUCGCUAUUCCGAAAUUUUCAAGUUGUAUAAGGUGAAGUACAAAAAUGGUGGGCAUGCAUGGGUGUGCGAGGAGUGCAUGGGAAAAGGUGGUCUCUUUGAAGUUAAUCUGACAUGUUAGGAUUUAAAGAGGUUAG